AUGGCAUCUUUACUUAUUGACAAAGUUGUCUUCAACACUCCUCUGAAGGUUGAGGGUGUUGCGCUGAGGAUGGCAGUCAACCGAUACUGCCCUGCCCAACCAGCGGCGGAAGGGGUGACACUGCUCCUUGCGCAUGCUAGCGGUACCCAUAAGGAACAUUGGGAGCCGUUCUUGGAACGCCUCUAUGAACUGCAAGGUGACGCCCGGACCGUGCGCGAGGCGUGGGCGUUUGAUUGGCAUACGCACGGAGAUUCAGGCGUCCUGAACUCCGCAGCACUGCGAAGUAGAAAUGUGGCUAACAACGUGUGCAUAGCGAUCUCGCACUGGGCUGAGGCGAUUGCUGCCUUUGUGGAAAGUCAUCUAGCCACGCACCGUUUGGUGGCUAUCGGACAUUCGGCUGGUACUUCCGCUGUCCUGUAUUCUACAAAAUGUUACAAGGCGUCCCCCGUGAAAUACGAGAAGAUCAUUCUUGUAGAACCCGCCUUAAUUGAUCGGGAUGUUUAUCGGCAACACUCCGAGGAGCGUGGACGGCAGAUCAAACUUCUUACGAAGGCUAUCUCAGCGCAGAAGAGUAAAUGGGAGUCGAGGAGUGAGGCGUAUGAAUACUUCUCUAAACGGCCACCAUGGAAACUGUGGGACGAGCGCGCUCGAACGAUCCUGGUGAAUCAUGGCCUUCGAGUAGUAGGUGAUGGAUCUACCUCCACAGGGUCUGUGGCAACCAAGUGCGAGAAGCGGUUUGAGGCAACAAAUUAUGACGACCUGGAAUCUACGAUUCAAGCGGCAACGCAGAUUGAGAAGAUCUGCGCGGAGACACCGAUCCACGUUAUUUUUGGAGAGAUCAGUGAUCUAGUGCAUCCGUGCUUAAAAGUCACCUCCUGCAGCCCUCGCUAUUCGCAUGAGACCGCAAUCGAUACGUCGAAGGGACGGAAUGCAGCGUCAAUAACGCGGAUACCAGAGGCUGGACAUAUGGUCGUUCAACAGCGACCCGACAAGCUAGCCGAGGAGGUUCACGUUAUCUUGCGUGCCAGCGGCAGACGACCACGAGCAGCUGCUUUAUGA